UUUAUGACAAAAUAAAAAAGUGUUAAGCAGCAUCUGUGUUUUCUUGCAAAACAUUCAUCCUCAACUCCCUCUAAAUAUUCCAAAUGUCCAACCUUAAAUUUGGUUCUCGUGUUUGACGAAUCAAAUCAGACACCAAAUUGACCACAGUGAGUACAACACUACAACUCUCUCUUAUUAUUUCCCUUCUGCUUCUCUUGUUACAAUCACAAAAUGGGGUUCUCCUCUUUUCUGGGUCGUCUCCUCUUUGCUUCCCUCUUCAUCCUCUCCGCGUGGCAGAUGUUUAAUGAAUUUGAUGACACUGGUGGAUCCAUUGCAAAGGAGUUGAUUCCCAAGCUCACUGUUGUGAGGAGAAAUUUAUCCUCCAAUCUGGGGCUUGAGAUACCAGAUAUUAAUGUUCGGCCAGUCAUUGCCUCUAUCAUAUUUCUAAAGGGGGUUGGAGGAAUUCUAUUUGUGCUUGGAAGUACAUUUGGAUCUUAUCUUCUGCUCUUGUAUUUGGGGCUUUCUACUCCAAUUCUGUAUGAUUUCUACAACUAUAGACCUAAUAACCCUGAAUACAAUUUGCUGCUGAAUGAUUUCAUUCUGAGCACAGCACUUUUUGGUGCAUUGCUAUUUUUUAUAGAGUUGAAGCACUCGAUUCCUAGGAAACAAAUCAGGAAGAAGAACCCAAAAGCAAAGACAGUUUAGAAAUUAGAAAAAAAAAUUAUGUAUUUGUUUCAGCGAAAAGGUUAUUAAAUUUCUUUGUUACUGCGAUAUGCCGAUAUGGUAUAAUUGUUUAAACCUUUUUGUAUUGAUGAUAUUGUAUGCUGGCACAUAAUUUUAUUAUGGAUAAGCUUAAUGGUGUGUUUGGAUGA